AUGUCUCCAAAACUUAUAUUUAAAACUGAAAUAUUCCUAGAACUCACAAAAAAAAUUAAUGGUCGUACUUUUCUCAAAACUAGUAAAGAAGAUUUUGAACGAUAUAGUCUAGAAGCUAGUCCUACUACAACAGGAUGA